AUGACCUGCUGUAAUCAGAACAACACCAUGACCUGCUGUAAUCAGAACACCACCAUGACCUGCUGUAAUCAGAACACCACCAUGACCUGCUGUAAUCAGAACACCACCAUGACCUGCUGUAAUCAGAACACCACCAUGACCUGCUGUAAUCAGAACAACACCAUGACCUGCUGUAAUCAGAACACCACCAUGACCUGCUGUAAUCAGAACACCACCAUGACCUGCUGUAAUCAGAACACCACCAUGACCUGCUGUAAUCAGAACACCACCAUGACCUGCUGUAAUCAGAACACCACCAUGACCUGCUGUAAUCAGAACACCACCAUGACCUGCUGUAAUCAGAACACCACCAUGACCUGCUGUAAUCAGAACACCACCAUGACCUGCUGUAAUCAGAACACCACCAUGACCUGCUGUAAUCAGAACACCACCAUGACCUGCUGUAAUCAGAACACCACCAUGACCUGCUGUAAUCAGAACACCACCAUGACCUGCUGUAAUCAGAACACCACCAUGACCUGCUGUAAUCAGAACAACACCAUGACCUGCUGUAAUCAGAACAACACCAUGACCUGCUGUAAUCAGAACAACACCAUGACCUGCUGUAAUCAGAACAACACCAUGACCUGCUGUAAUCAGAACAACACCACGACCUGCUGUAAUCAGAACACCACGACCUGCUGUAAUCAGAACAACACCAUGACCUGCUGUAAUCAGAACACCACCACGACCUGCUGUAAUCAGAACACCACCACGACCUGCUGUAAUCAGAACAACACCAUGACCUGCUGUAAUCAGAACAACACCACGACCUGCUGUAAUCAGAACACCACCACGACCUGCUUUAAUCAGAACAAACUGCUUUAA